AUGCUUGGGGAGCCCGAAGGGCUCUCCGAAAUCUUCCCUAGAGCACAACCUUGCAACCCUGUAGUUAUUGGAAGUAUGAUACAUUACCAGGAGCCCAUCAAAUUUGAUGGGCUCCUGACAUUACAUGUUAUUGUUGAAUUUGGAAGUGCCUUUUUUGAGGAUUUUAGUAAAGGAAUGCAAAUUUUAGUGAACUAUCCAUACUCCUAACAUAUAUGGUGGUAUUAUUGAUGUAAGUUUUGUUUUGAGUAGCAAAGGAACCCUUGUGUGUAACUCAUCUUCUAGUGUAUUAGUUCUUAAAAGGACAUCUCCGUCUCUCCUGCACACAUUUGUUCCAUACACUACUCAAUUUUCCAUUGCCAUUCAACAUAACGGUAAUUCUUUCUUACACCAACACAUCCCUCGUAAACGCCUUCGGGCGUCUUCUUGUUUCUAUAAGUGAGGACUAUUGUUGUUUCGACGCAGAACAGUGUAUUCAUUCAUUUGCGCAAAGUUCGUACAGGUCAUUGAAAACCUAGAAAGUCAUGGAAUUUAAGAAUUCGUUUUAGAGGCUUGGAAAGUCAUGGAAUUUAAUUGUCGGUCCUUGAAAAUUAAAGUUUUGUUUGGUAGAGUAGUUACUGCAGAUGACAAGGCAGGGUUAACGUAAGAUAAAGAGGAGUAAUUAAACAGCGCGAACGUCAUGCAUUUUCAGUGGUGGAUACCAGACUUUGUUUCUGUUGAACUGUUCAAGGUAAAAAAAGUAUGCUAAAACAAUUUUCGAAAAUAACAGCUAAACUUAAGGUCAAGGAAAACUAGAAAAGGUCAUCAAAAAGUCAUGGAAAGUCAUGGAAUUUAAAGAACUCAAAAGAGUACGAACCCUGUCGUGGACAAAAAGGAAGACACUCUGUGUAUAGGAUUUUGGGGUUAUAUUGCGGUUAGGAACAUAGAAUAUGGCUACAGACACUUUAGCCUGCUUUUAAUGUAAAUGUGUAUUUGGGUUUAAUGAAGACAUUUUGUUGUUAAUUUUCUAGGGACGUUUUCUCGUCGCCAAGAACAGAUCUACAUGGACCUGCAAUUUUCCAACAGAGCCAUGCAGGCCAUGGGAGAUUUCGCAGUUCAAUUUAACAAAAACAGGUGAUUUGGAUACUGUUCUGUUUCACUAGUUGUUGUACAUGGAAUACGUGUACAUAUAAUUUAUCCACUUCGCACUUUGAAGCCUAGAGCACGGGUUAACUACAAGUCCAUCUCAAACUACUAGCUAGCGUAAAUCGUCUACUAGCUAGCGUAAAUGGGUUUCUGGUAGAAGAUUACAACUUUUAAAACAAAUAUUAAAUAAAAAGCAAAGAGGAAAAGACAAGCAAAAAAUGUGUAAUUACGUCAAAAACAAGAAAGGCCUUUCGUUUUCUUUUGCUAUUUUACCCAUCUUCUUCUUUGCUUUGAAAAUUUUGGUUACCAAAGCUUAAAAGAGAUGAGAUAGCGUGACCUACACGUUCAAAGGCUAUGCCGAUCAGAAAUGGACUUGACCACACUUCAAAGUGCCAUGUUCUCUAUCUCCUUCUGUGUAUUGUGGUUUGAAUUUAUGAUUACUUAAGUGUCAGGUGUUAGAAAAAAGAAAGUUAGCCACUCGUUACUUUUCACUAUGAACUUGUUUUCAAUAUUGCCGAAUUAAAUUUUUUUGCCAUGUGUAGUAACUACAGUUUUUUCGUUUCCAGUUUUGGCCUUGCUCCAGCCUCACCGUUGAACGUUCCAACUCCUUUACUCGCCAACAGUUCAACUGAAACUUCGCUUCCUGUCAACACGAGUAUGUGGUAACAAAGAACUCUUGACCCUUAAAGCCCCAAUAUCAACAUUCAUUUUCUCUACACUGAGUUUCAUACAUUUCUUAUGGUACUACUGGAGAGAAUUUGUUCAAAUAUCAAGACAUAUCAUCUUUGUAGUUUAUUUUGUUUUUCUUCUCAUUGUGGCGGUUAUUCGUGGGUGUUACCUAUCCAGGGAUGAUGUUUGCAAACUGCCAGUCUUUCCCAAUGUAUCUACCUGUUGGUUUAAAAAAGCACGAUAUUUGUGGUAAAAGAUACGUGAUUGCUUUAAAGACGGCGUUUCUGAUUGCAAGUACUUCCCUUCCAAAAAGCUCCGGGUUUUAGUGGAAGUUGCGGUACUCAAGAAUGACACCCCAACUAAUUUUGAGGUCAUAGCGCCCCCUGUUCAAACGUGAGGGCGGUAUUACAGAAAACUUUUUGUCCUGUAUAGGAUUGUUCAUUUGUAAUUUCCAGCAAGGAAGGACCUUGAAGCCACAUCAUGACAAGGGCUGGUGCUCGAUAUACCAUGGGAAUAGCAAGUCUCGAGUUACGUCACGAAGAACACAACAACGAUUCCUGCCCCUUAGACAAUAACACAAUAAACUUCACCCAAUAGAACGAGACAAUAGUGCACAUAUUGACUUGGCAAAUCGAGCAUUGUUUUUUUUGAUCCAUUGUAGCUGGAGCUGUUCAGAGAAUGGACCCAUUAACCAACCUUCAAGUUGCUAUUAAGAAUAAUGUGGACGUGUUCUACUUCAGUUGUGUUGUUCCUUAUAAUGUGCUGUUUGCUGAAGACGGACAAAUGGGUAAGCGAGCAGUCUCUUAUGUUUCUUUUGAGUCAUAGUAGAUCGAGAGCACGCGUGAGGGGCGAGGGGUGAAGCCGCGAGGAACGAGGGCUGAAUCUCUUCUCCUUUUACCAUUAAUUCACAUAAUUUUACCUUUUCGCCCGCGGCCGCGCGUGGCUCUGAGCGCUCGCGUUCUAAAUUUUCUUAGUUCCAUUUCAGCAAGAAAAUAGUGGCUGAAUCAAACUUUCUUUUUCUUGUAGACCGCAAGGUCUUUUUAGCAACUUGGAAGGAUAUUCCUGCGGAAAAUGAAGUGCAAAAUCAAGUCUCUAACAUCAUGUUUUCCUCAGGUAAAACUUUUUCUUCUCAUUGGCCAGUGAAAUUUUGAAAGUAGCGAGUAUUAAAAAAGUGUCAUUGUUUUCGUUCUUUUUACUUUACUGUAGACGUGGCUCAGUCAAAGCUUUCAGCCAACAAUGUUUUCACCAUCGCUAAACGCACUGUGGAAGGCCAGGUGAGUUCAGUUUGCAGUCAUUACUGUUCUUCUUAUUACUUUAAAUGUUAUCUUAAAGGGAAAUUUCCACUGUUAGAAAAGUGACCGAAGUUUGGUUGAAAAAAUGUCAAAAUUCUAAGUUCACUUUAGGUGAUUUUAGUGGACAAAGAACUGAUGCGAUAAUCGUCUUUAUGCAGUAGAGCUUCCAUUUAAUGAUAUCAUGUUUAUUAUCCCAGCUCAACUGUUGAUUUCUGGGAGAUUCUGAUGGCGCUGCGUUAGGAGGUUGUACCUGUGGAUGUGUUAACCUAAGGCAUUUAUGUUCUCAUGGAUUUUUUCUUUUCCCAGGACAUGUUGUAUCAAUCAUUGAAAUUUACCAAUGGAAUAUGGGUUCUAGCAGAGCUUAAGAUGCAGCCUGGUAAUCCUGUGGUACAGGUAAGUAACCCGGCGCUGGUCAUUUCACUUUCCUGUUGUUAG